AUGAAGUAAAUAAGAGAAAGAUUGUUUUAUGUCAUGCCUUUUUCCCUGUCCAUCCCUGCCAGAAAACUAUUUCAUUCACUUGUUCAAUACAGAAUUUUUUGAUUCCUCUGACGUGCCAGUGAUUGUGAGAAUUUAAUGAUAGAUCAGACACAGACUCUUUCCUUGAGGUCCAUAGUCUAGUGGGGAAUAAAAGAUAGGUUUUCACAUGCCUGUUACAGGAGCCUGUAAGGGAAACCACAAACUUUGUCCGUAAGAUCAAAUUUCAGUCCUCCACAGUUGUCAAAGAAAGACACUGUCCAUGUGGGAAGGGAUGGUGGCUCACAGGAAGCUGUGUGACCUCCUGAGUCAGCUGGAUUUGAAGCCUUCAUGCUACGUCACGGCUGCUUGGAUUCAGAGUCCAACCUGUAUGUGCAGGAGCCUCAUCAUCUGUAAAACCAUUAGUUUCCUAGUGGAAAGGGAACACCGUCUUCAUGUAACAUGUUUUUAACAGGCUCCUGUAGGUGCCGUGACACUGAAGGAGAUGUCCAGGUGGCAAAUCAAUGGUUAGUAUCACUAACCAUUAGGGAAAUGCAAGUGAAAUCCACAGUGAGAUAUCACACUACACAGCUAUCAGAAUAGCUAAAAUGACAACACCAACUGCUCUUGUGGAUGAGGGGAAACUGAAUGACUCAUACAGUACUGGGGAGAAUGUGAAACGGCACAGCCAUUCUGGAAAACAGUUGGACAGUUUCUUAAAAAACAAAACAUAGCAGCUACCAUAUGACCUGGCUCUUGCACUCCUGGGCAUUUAGCCCAGAGAAGUUAAGACUUAACGCUGACACAGAAACCUGUAUGCAGAUGUUUAUAGUAGCUUUAUUAGUGACAGCCAAAACCUGCAGACAAUCCUGAACUCCUUCAACAGGUAGUUAAGCAAACUGUGAUACAUCCAUAUCAUGAUGUACUACUAAGGGACACAAAGAAAUGAACUGUGAAUACUUGCAGCUGUCCAGAUGAAUUUCCAGUUACAUCAAAUGGAAAAGAGCAAAUCCCCAAAUGUCAUAAACUAUAUGAUCCCAUCUGUAUAACAUUCUUGAAAUGGCAACAUUAUACACAUGGAGAACAGAUUUGUGAUUGCCAGGGAUUAAAGAGGUGGUGGAGGGGGAAAGAAAUUUGUGUGGUUGUAAACGGGUAAUAGGAAGGACCCUUGUGGUGAUGGAAGCAUCUCUGGAAGACUCCAUCUGUAAAAAACUGAUGUUAUCUCUCUGUAUUAUUUCUUAUAGCUGCAAAUGAAUCUACAGUUAUCUCAAAAUAAAAAGAUUACUUUUAAAAAAUCAAAACUUGGAGGCCAAGAUAGGGAAACCAGUAUGUCAGUUUGGCAGUUAUGACAUGAGCUUUGAAUCUGUGACAUCAUAAUGUCAGUGAUCUCAGACCACUGUGGAAUCUUCAGGCUUCAAGCAUUUGACAGUACUCUGCCAAGUACUGUAGACUCACUCGAUUUCCCGUCCCAUGAAUUGAAGAAAAAAGGAUGUUCCCGUCAAUCAGAAAGCAUACUAAACUUACAGGUGGUCAUUCAAGGCUUCACUGCAUGAGGAAGAGCUCGUCUGUGGAGGUGGACACCCACAGCGAAAGCACUACAUCAUCUGAGGGUGCCACUCGUACUGUGCUCAUCCAUGGCCCCUUUGAACUCAAGAGAGGCUGGAGGAGGCAGAAGCGGCAGCUUUUCUUGUACAGCGAUUUGUUGCUGAUGUCUAAUACCAAGUAUAAAAAAAACUUUAAGAUAAAAAAUAAAAUACCACUGAACACUAUGUGGAUUGCCAACUGCAUGGAUAUAGUGGGAGAUGCCAACAUCCAUUCUGGGAGGUCCUUUGUGUUGGGCUGGCUCACGGUGAACUUCCUGGCCACCUUCAGGACAUGAAUAUCCCUAUGGAAUUAAAAUGAGCCAUCUUCCAUCUACUAAACUGCUGCCAAAGGAACCAGAGGACUCCAUCUCUCCUUCCACAACUCAGGAGUCCCUCCUUCUGGAGCAGAGGAUCACAGAGAUGCAAAGCCAGUUCAUCCUGAAGCCCAGGCACCCAGCCCAGAACAAGCAAGGGAGAGAUUCAGGCCAGAAGAUCAUGCAAAUCAGGGCUUUCAGAAACUCGGCCUUUUGCUGGUGCGCUGGCACUUGCCAGAACAACCAGUGCACAGCUGCACCGUCUGCAAAACCAGGACAGCUUUUUGGAGUUUCCCUCACGGAUAUCUGUGAUAAGGACAACUUGCCCUUCGCAAUUCUGGAUAUGCUUUCCUUUAUCAAUUGGAAAGGGCCAUUCAUGGAAGGCAUCUUCAGAAAAUCAGCCAGUAUAAAAUCAUGCAGAAUCCUAAAGGAGAAACUAAAUUCUGGGGACACAGUUAACUUGGACAGCGAAUCUGUUCUUGUGGUAGCAUCUGUUUUCAAGGAUUAUCUUCGAAGAAUCCAAGGAAGUAUUCUUUCAUCCGACCUCUAUGAUAUAUGGCUUGGUGUUAUUGAUGAAGUGACUGAGGAGGAGAAAAUAAAUGCGGCCCAGAGGCUUCUAGCCCAGUGACCAAAAGCGAAUGUUGUUCUCUUGCAAUACUUUUUUGGAGUGUUAUACAACAUUGAGCAACAAUCCUCAUCCAAUCAGAUGACAACUUAUAAUUUAUCAGUGUGUAUAGCCCCAAGCAUUCUUUGUCCACCUAAUUCCUGCAGCUUGGAAUUGGAAGACAACUUCAUAAAAAAGGUAGAGAGAGCUCUCAUUUGUGCCCCCUGGGGUUAGAAUCCAUGAUUUGAAUAUGAAAUGUGUAGUAGCAAAUAGAAUGGAUCAGUUCUGAAAGGUGCACAUCUUCCUAGGCUUCCUUGGAGUGGCAGAGUUUGUUAUUCUACUCUGGUGGAAUAUGGGAAGGGGUGUUGAUAAAGUGGGAAACACAGAGCAGUUGAGUUGCUUCUUUCCCAUCCAGGAGAUUCAAUACUAGACUGACUAAACAAAAGAGAGAGAAGAGUGGUGUAAUAUGAUAGAAAAGAACCUGGGCUCCAGAGUUUAACAAGCCAAGGUUCAACUCUCAGCCUGAUCCUUGAGGGGGGAGCUUGUAACCUUGGGCAAAGCCAUGGCUUCCUCAUGACAUAAUGGUAACAACACCCAGCACUUCUGGUCAUUACUGGCAAAUCCUAGGUGGCUCGGGCACUAUGAGCACCCAUGGCUCCGAACACAUUGGCCUUGCUCUGCAAGUUGUGGCUCAUUUAGAAAAAUACUUGGCGAGGAGGGGCAAGAUGGUGGAAGAGUAGGGUCCCCAAAUCACCUAUACCCACCAAAUUACCUAGAUAACCUUCAAAUCAUCCGGAAAACCUACAAAU